AUGAAUCCAGUUUUGUCUAACAUAAAGACCGGAAACAGAAUUUCUCACAACUGCUUGAAGAAAAGGUCAGCGACCAGCUGUCAACCUACUUCAUUUAAUUUGUCUUCUGGAAAGAGUUCCAUGAAUUCCAAAUCUUCUUACAUAUCCAAUGGUUAUAUUUCUUGCUCGAAUUUGAACUGGCUCCGAGAUAUGAUCAAUCUCAAGGAGCUUGUAUCGAAUGGUGUUGAUUUAUCAGCAUCAACUUCUACAAUGAAUUGGGCAGAACCCAUUUCACGUAUGUACAAUCUUAGACAGCUUCAACUCUCCGAUUGCAGAAUUUCCAGUCCAAUUCCAGUAAAUCAAUUAAUCAACCUCACACAUCUAUAUUAUCUGCAGAUGGGUUCUAAUUUUCUAGCCUCUUCUAUCCCAAUUCAACUAGCUAAUCUCACCUCUCUUUCCUCACUUGAUCUCACUAACUCCCAUCUCCAUGGUCCCAUCACAUAUUUCCCCCAAUUACAAGAACUCUAUGUCAAUGACAACCCGAUGCCACCGUCGAUCUCCUUUCCAUUUUUACUCUCCCAAUGCUGCACUUACAAACGCUUUUGA